AAGUACCAACAUUGCCUCUUUCAAGCUCGAAAAAAACUCUCGGGACAACUCCUGCAGGUCAUAGGAGCACGAGUUCGGUAGAAUUUAGCUUCUCUUUUUCGAAUACUCGGGUAUGACCCGAAAGAAAGUAGCUAUCAUACAUCCCGAUCUCGGUAUCGGUGGAGCUGAGCGUCUCAUUAUUGACGCCGUGUUAGAGUUAAUUGCGUUAAAUUAUGACGUCGUAUUGUACACUGGAUAUCACAGUACACACGCCUGCUUCGAAGAAACUUUGUUCAAAGGGAAACGAGAGAAGUGGAUUCGUGUUCGAGGGAGUUGGAUACCUCGUCAUCUAAAUGGGCAUUUUCAUGUUCUUUUUGCCAACUUGCGUUGUAUGUGGGCUACAGCCGCUAUGUUGAUUAGUGAACGUGGCGUGGACAUAGUCCUUCUCGAUCAGAUUUCGUCUCCGGCACUGCUUCUCCGCAUGUUUUCUUCAACAAAGAUUGUUUUUUAUUGCCACUAUCCGGACAUGCUACUGGCGAAGCAUAAAUCUUUCGCUCAGGGGGUGUACCGAAGCAUCUUUGAUGGCUUGGAGCGAAUCACAACUGGAAUGGCACACCACAUAUUUGUGAACAGCUAUUACACAGCGGAUAUAUUUGCAAAGACAUUUGAAAGUGGUUUCGCACGCGGUCGUCAGCCCACUGUUUUAUAUCCUGCAGUCUCACCGAAAAAUGUCAAGCUCCUGCCAAAAUCUCUACUGUCAUGUGAAUUCCAACACAGGGGAAAGAAUAUCAAAAGCUACGAUUAUUUUUUAUCCAUUAACCGUUUUGAGUAUAAGAAGAAUCUUGAACUGGCACUGAACGCAUAUGCAGAAUUUCGAACGAAACUCGCAGAUCCUUCAGUUCAAGUCAAUCGAAUUCUCUUUGCCGGGGGUUAUGAUAGUCGACUUUCUGAAAACGAGGAAUGUUUCUUCCAGCUACAUCGGAAAGCUUGCUCGCUCGGAAUAUCUGAAGAAGUUGUGUUCUUGCCUUCCAUUAGCACGGAAGAAAAAAACAGCCUUUUGCUGCAUUGUUUUUGUGUCAUUUAUACACCAAAGGAUGAACAUUUCGGUAUUGUGCCCAUCGAAGCUAUGUCAGUCGGGAAACCUGUCGUAGCUUGCAAUAGCGGUGGCCCAGUUGAAAGCUGCCGAGACGGUGUGACAGGUUUUACAUGUCCUUCUGAACCAGAGGAAUUUGCACGCGCAAUGAAUCACUUGGGUGAUGGGCAUAACAAGGCAGACCGAAUGGGCUAUUUAGCGCAAGCUCGCAUCAUGAAUGUGUUCAGCAGAAAGUCCUUUGGGGAGGAACUUCAUUCUCAUUUGACGUACUUGUCAUCAACUGCAUGUUUCCCAGCCGUCUUUUGCUACCCAGGCAGAUUCUUUCUUGUCUGUAUUCUGCUGUACUUCAUUACUUGGGUUAUUCAGCGAAGCACCUUCAUAAAAAUAGAUAGUUCAAAGGAUUGA